CUGAACAUCAGAUCACAAGAAUAUCAGACCAGUUCGCCAGCAGCCAUGACUUCAACCAAAGUAUCUGUCUUGUGCUUGAUCGCUAUUGGCUUGUGCUUCUCAGCUGUAAGAGAUGUUCGAGCUGAUUCAGCAUCAACGUCAACCUCAACCUCAACCUCAACCUCAACCUCUACGUCAACUUCUACAUCUUCGUCUACUGAAAACGGAGGAGGUGUUCUGAUAGCUCCGGAUAAUCCUGAGCCACAAGGACCUAUUGAACCAAACGCUGCAGAGUGUGUUGGAGAAUUCUGUGACCCUGAGCCAGAGGUGCCAGCUAAAGUCACGGAACCAGCUGAUGUUGUUGAGCCAACCGUCCCAGUUGAAGUGACUGAACCAGCUUCACAAUGCGUGAAAGUAAACCUACCCGAGGGUGCUGUUUCGGCAACACGUGUCUACUGGAAAAACCCUGACAGAAUUACCAUCGCCAGUGUCACCCUUAUCGCUGGGACCUCGGAGGGCACAUGUGUCGAAGGCAGAAACUAUGUCGUGACUCGUACUGGAGGUUUCUAUGUUAAAGGAUGCAAGGGCACAUUUCAAUUGUGCCCCUAGGAUACAAGGCUAUUUAAAGUGGGCCCUACGACACGAUGGAACAAAUACACAUGUUACUACUAAUGUGUAAUGUAAUUUCUGUAAUGUAGUUUUCAUAUGUAUUUGACAUUCUGAAAUAAAGUAUUUACAUAUUACUGUUAAUUAUGAAUCAGUAUUGCAGUUCUUGGUGUCAUUAUGUAUAUGAGAUGCUAUAAUAAAGUAUUA